UGGGUUCACACAGCUACGAAAAUACGAACUUCUUCUUUCCUAACAAUUUCCUUCCUUCCCGUUUCGUGUUCUGCAACCGCUUUCAGAUUUUUCUGUAUCGUGGCUUUCUCUGUUGCAGAUGUAAACUGAUAGAAAAUAACAUUUAGACUCAGUCUGGUAGAAAGUUAAGCUUGAAGAAGUAACACUGAACCUUAUAUUGAACACGUCUGCUGUUCUAGCCUCUCCUUUGUUUACAUGGGCCGUACAUUGACCUCUUCAAGUCACAAGGCCUCCAUACGCCCCCAAAGUUCACUCUUGAAUGUGACUUGCUUCUGGUGAACGGAAGAAACUGACAUACAUAAGGAGGAACAAGAUGGCGGACUUUAGACAUGGCCUUUUGGGGUGUUUUGACAACUGUGGCAUCUGUAUCAUCGGGUAUUUCCUUCCGUGUGUCUUAGUCGGACAGAAUGCUGAAAAGGUGGGUCUGGGCAGCUGCUGUAUGUGCGGGUUCCUGUCCCUGUUCCUGAUCCCCGGUGUCUUCAUAGUAUCCAGGACAAGGGAGGAAACUCGACAUAUCCACGCCAUAGAGGGGACGUUCCUGAACGACUGUUUGCUGACUUUCUUCUGUCCCUUCUGUGUGAUGGUGCAGACUGCACAGGAGCUAGAUGAAGGUGCUGGGGCACAGAUUAUCAUUCGGCAGUGAAAUUCUGUUAGAAAUCCCGUCAUAGAUUGGUAUAACCGACGAGAUAUAGCAGAAUACAAGAUAAUAGGAACUGGAAGCACUACGUUACCAUCAUUUUUACCAGAUGAAACAAUACCCAUUUAGGAUAUGUCAAUGACAAUUUAUUUACGAGCUUAUGUUUCAAAAUACAAGAUGUUUAUAAACAUUUAACAGUUUUUCACUUUCCUGUUUCUUUUUAUUCUUUUUGUCUCGUUUAUCUUUGACACAGACAUCAUAGCGAAGCUCUGCAGCUAGAACCGCUGUGUGUAUAGACCGUACAGAAUUCUGUAGGCAUCAAAGGAAGAUCUAUAUGCAUUGUCUUUCCAUAGUCUUCCGUCUUCAUAUCAGAGAUUACGGUCAAAUCCUGCUGCAGAAUAUUACCAACAUAUACUUCUAACCAUUUUCUAAAGUAGCCAAACCAGUGGCUAAGUAGACAACAUCUUUCAACAGGAUAUCAUUGUUGUCAAAAAUGGUUCUUGUAGACUAAGACUAGAUAAAUGGUACUGACUACCCGCGAGUAGUAGCGCUGGCCCUCCCAAAACGGAAAGG